CGUCGUGUUAGAUUGUCUCAUCGUUCGCCUCAACGGCACCGGCCGAGAUCGCGCGCGCGCGCGCGGCCCGUCGAACUUCCACUCGUAUGAUCUUUCAAGCGGACCCCGCGCGCCGUGAGUCCAGAUUGAUACGCUUUUUCCAGCGCGGGAAAUCCCGGGCUCUCCGCGGUCGCUCGGAUUAUUCGCAGCGGCAUUCGUGAAACGCGGACGGACGAGUGAAUCCAUGUGAGCCGCAGGCGCCUCGAUGCCGAUCACUCGGCUCGAUUCAUUCGAAAAUUCGCGUCGCCGGUUUCGCUCCACUUUCGCAAGCUCGCGCGUGCACAGCUGAUAGUCACUGUUUAACUUCGUUGCUUUGCGCACUGCCGGCUAGUUCGAUGCGCUUUUCGUGCGCUGCGAUACUCCCGACGUCGCGCGCGCGCUAAAUUUCGUGAGAUCGCGCUGGACACGCUCCUCUUCCGAGACUGCAAUCGUUGAAGAGAACACGACUUUGAGCUUCGAUUGAGAUUCUACUGUGACUGUCAUUUCGGCUUUGUUCCACUGAAACGCGAUACGUGUGCUGUUGGUAAUUUUCGAGUGAUCCGCGCGUCAUCCGCUCGUCGAUGUACGUGAGUUUCGUGCACAGCCUGUUUACUUAAUUGCACCGGGUUUCGCCUACGCACUCGAUACGCAGGAUGUACGACGAGAUGGAGAGUCGCUUCCAGGGCAGAACGCCGGAAGACGACGUGAUCGGCCAGUUGCAAAGUAACAAACGAUCCCCGAUGACGUUAAACGUGAGCGGACUGUGGGACGUAGUUCCACGCUUGGAUUAUUAUAGAGUGAGCCGCCGUGUGAAGAGGCCAUCGUUAAACACUUUGCACGAGGGAAAUCUGAUAAAGGACACCAAUGUCGAGAGCGGACAGGUCGGGAGCGCCGCAGGCGGUCAGCAGGGCCACAGCGGAAUAAAAUUAGGAUGGAUCCAAGGCGUUCUCAUACCAUGUCUGCUCAACAUAUGGGGCGUUAUGCUGUUUCUGCGACUCUCAUGGGUAGUCGCGCAGGCCGGCAUUCUGCAGAGUAUCGUCAUUAUCGGAAUAUCGGCGGUCGUCUGCGUCAUUACGACGCUUAGCCUCAGUGCAAUUAGCACUAAUGGGGAAGUAAAGGGAGGUGGGAUAUAUUUCAUCAUAUCUCGAUCUCUCGGGCCGGAGUUUGGCGCAUCGGUUGGCAUCGUGUUUGCAUUCGCGAAUGCGGUAGCAGCUUCUAUGAACACAAUCGGCUUCUGCGAUUCGCUGAACGAUCUGCUGAAGACAUACGGCUUGAAGAUCAUAGAUAAUGGAGUGAAUGACGUUAGAAUCGUCGGUAUUAUAGCGCUUGUCGUUAUGAUUCUUAUCUGCGCAGUCGGCAUGGAGUGGGAGUCGAAGGCGCAAAACUUCCUCAUCGCCGUAAUCGUGGGUGCCAUCUUUGAUUUUCUCAUCGGUACUGUCAUGGGACCGAAGAAUCUGGAGCAGGAGGCGAAAGGUUUCAAGGGAUUCUCCGCGGAAGUGUUUAUGAGUAAUCUCCAGUCGGACUAUCGUUUCUCCGAGAAGAACAAUCAAACCUUCUUCUCCGUGUUCUCCAUCUUCUUCCCGUCGGUCACCGGGAUCCAGGCAGGUGCUAAUAUAUCCGGCGACCUGAAGGACCCAGGAAGCAGCAUACCGAUCGGGACUCUCCUCGCUUUGCUGAUCUCCAUGCUGAGUUAUGUAACGUUCGUCCUUUUCGCUGGUGGCGCGGCUGCCAGAGACGCGGGCGGCUUGCUGAACAACACUAUCAUGAAUUGCACUGCCGGGGUCAACUGCACGUACGGGCUGCACAACAGUUAUUCGGUCAUGCAAUUGAUGUCUCUUUGGGGACCGCUCAUUUACGCAGGAUGUUUCGCGGCUACCCUGUCGACGGCGCUGACGAAUUUAUUGUCCGUGCCGCGACUCAUUCAGGUUCUGGGUCAGGAUAAAAUUUAUCCCGGCUUGAUUUACUUCAGCAAGGGAUACGGCAAGUCCGGGGAGCCCUACCGAGGCUACAUCCUCACCUUCUGCGUCGCCGGUCUCUUCCUCUUGAUCGCCAAUCUCAACGCAGUCGCGCCGCUGAUCUCGAACUUUUACUUAGCGUCGUACGCCUUAAUCAACUUCUGCACUUUUCACGCGGCGCUGAUUCGAUCGCUCGGCUGGCGACCCAGCUUCAAGUACUACAACACCUGGCUGUCCCUCUUCGGGUUCAUCAUCUGCGUGGCGAUUAUGUUCCUCAUCGACUGGGUCACCUCGCUCGUCACCUUCGUCAUCAUCUUCGCGUUGUACCUCAUAGUGGUUUACCGCAAACCGGACGUCAAUUGGGGCAGCAGCACACAAGCGCAAACUUACAAGACGGCGCUCUCCGUCGUGUACAAAUUGAACAGCAUGGACGAGCACGUGAAGAAUUACGCGCCGCAGAUUCUCGCGCUCACCGGCCUACCUGGCUCGAGGCCGGCGCUGAUACACCUGGCGAACCUCAUCACGAAGAAUAAUUCGCUGCUGAUCUCCGGCGAAGUCUUCCCGACGCGACUGUCGUAUCGUCUACGCUCCGUACGUAUGAGAAACGGUUACACGUGGCUGUACCAACACCGCAUCAAAUCGUUCUACCACAUGGUGGAGGAUAUGAGCCUGGAGCGAGGCGUCGCCGCGCUGAUGCAGGCCAGCGGGGUUGGCAAAUUAGCGCCCAAUGUGGUUCUCAUGGGCUACAAGACUCACUGGUCGACGUGCAAUCACAAGGACCUGCAGGAAUACUUCAAUGUUCUCCACAAUGCCUUUGACCACAAACUGGCUGUGGCUAUUUUGAGGAUCGCCGAUGGACUGGACUUCUCCGGCGCGAUCAGUGCGAACGGGGACGAAGAACACGGAAAUCUCGCUCAAAGCAGCUACGACUUGGCGGGCAACACCUUGAUGCACGCCGACAGCGAUCUCUCCAUGAGCACGCAGAUCCCCAGAGUGCAGAGCGUACCGACGAUAGGUUCGUCGUUCGUCACACCCACCGACGUCACAAAUGUGAUGAGAGAUUCACCGAUACACUGGAACGCGCGGGGUAAUUUGAAGCAGAAGAAGAAGCUCGCUCUCGACAGACUGCUCGAUAAAAGCAACGGUAUGGCCUCCAUACCGGAGAAUAUGACAAUCUUCCAAAAGAAGCACAAGCAGGGGACGAUUGACGUAUGGUGGUUGUACGAUGACGGAGGUCUGACGAUCCUCUUACCGUAUAUAAUCAGCACGCGAUCUGGUUGGGAACACUGCAAGAUGAGAAUAUUCGCUUUAGCCAAUCAUAAGCAGAACAUUGAUGCUCAGGAGAAAGAGAUGGUUGAGAUAAUGCGCAAAGCUCGGAUAAAAUACAGCAGCUUGAAGAUGGUAGACGGCAUCUGCGUCGAGCCGCAACAGGAAACGCAGUCCUUUUUCGACAAACUGAUAUCCGACUUCCGGAUGAACAAUUCUUCGGACAAUUCAAGUACGUGUUCAGAAUGCUGUGUCACCGACCUCGAGCUGCAAACUUUACGGGAUAAGACCCAUCGGCAAUUACGACUGCGUGAAUUGUUACUGGAGAACUCGAGUCAGUCUACUUUAGUAGUAAUGUCCUUACCAAUGCCGAGGAAGAGUGCGGUCUCGGCGCCAUUAUACAUGGCCUGGUUAGAGUCACUCACGAAGGAUAUGCCGCCCACGAUCUUAGUCCGUGGGAAUCACACAUCCGUAUUGACGUUUUACUCGUAGUCCACCGAUUCUAGUAUAGGUAUAAUUAAAAUUUGCGUAUGUACUCUGAUGCCGCGAAAGGUCUCUCAACGAACAAGAAGGACUUUUCCAAUGUGAACGCACAGUAUUUGGAAUAUUUAUGCCAAAACUAAUGUAGAUAUACGCCAAUACUUCUCGACGCGUUUCUGCGUUUCUUGUUUUUCUCUUCUUUUUUUUUUUUCUUUUUUACCUGUACUUAAAAUCCACUUUGUAUUUAAUUUUCUCGACUGUAAGUUAUAGAAUUAAGGGGUUCUUACGACCAUAAGUGUGUUAGCCAGAUAACUCUAGUACCUGUAGAACAGUCUUUCCGAGCUGUUUCGCAUUACUCGACUAAGCGGAGUAGUCUAGCGCUCUAAUUAAUUAAAUAAUUACAACGAUCGGGUAGAAAUGAAACGAAACUUUUUAUCAAGACAAUUAUUGAAACGAAAACAUGAAUAAUAUGUGUCUAUAAUUUUUA